CGUUUUUCUCGCUUUCUAUAAAUACUAUUAUGGGUAGCAAUUGAAGAACACGCGCUUUACUGUUUUCUCAUCAUCGUCACUUUUCUUUCUCCACACUUUCCGCAAGAUUGUUCUGUUCUUCAAACGAUUCUAAGAUGAAUGGAGAAGAAGUGAAAACGAGUCAACCUCAGAAGAAGCUUCAGAACCCUACUCCACGUUUAAACGAGAGGAUUCUCUCAUCUUUGUCUAAGAGAUCGGUUGCUGCACAUCCAUGGCAUGAUCUUGAAAUCGGACCUGGAGCUCCAGUGAUUUUCAAUGUGGUUAUUGAGAUCUCAAAGGGGAGCAAAGUCAAAUAUGAACUUGACAAAAAAACAGGUCUCAUCAAGGUUGAUAGGAUUCUUUAUUCUUCGGUUGUGUAUCCUCACAACUACGGGUUUGUCCCACGCACACUAUGUGAAGACAAUGACCCUAUAGAUGUUUUAGUUAUCAUGCAGGAGCCUGUGCUUCCGGGUUGUUUUCUUCGCGCCCGAGCUAUUGGUUUAAUGCCUAUGAUUGACCAGGGUGAAAAAGAUGACAAGAUCAUUGCAGUUUGUGUUGAUGAUCCUGAGUAUAAGCACAUCACUAACAUCAAUGAACUUCCUCCUCAUCGUCUUUCUGAAAUCCGUCGAUUCUUUGAAGACUACAAGAAGAAUGAGAACAAGGAAGUUGCAGUGAAUGAUUUUCUACAACCUGGUCCUGCUAUUGAAGCCAUUCAGUACUCAAUGGAUCUUUACGCUGAGUACAUUCUUCACACCCUGAGGAGAUAGAUGAAAAGAAGACUUCUUCAAGAACAUUCCUGCCAAUUUUUGGGUCUGCAAUCUCAGAUUCUGUUGCAGUGAAUAUGCAAAAGAACAAGAAUUUGUCUUAUAUUUGGAUUUUUUUUGAAUAAGCACGUGUCUCAUAUUUGGCUUUGACGCUUUCCUUUUUGUUGUUGUUGUUGUUGUUGUCUUCUGGGGAUGUUUUGUCUGAACAUUAAGAGUUUGUAUUUGUAACACUGCCUUUGGAUCUUUUUUUAAUAAUUUCAAGCUUCGAUUUGGUUCCAAUGAAACCAGACUUUUGUUUUUAUAAAUAAGUGUCAC